CUCUAUCGACAAUGGCUUCCUGUCACGAAUCGGGUCAUAAUAUUUCUUUUACUUCGGUUGGGUUAUUAUGGACUUUGGCUGAAAGUCUUAUUCGGCGCUAUACUCUUCUUAAAGAGAAUACCAAUGCUCAACCAUCGUUUCUACCAAUUUUACCAAAUCACGCUUAUCGUGCACUAAAUUUCUCCUUAGCAACUCAACAAUUUCAUAUACCACUUGGUUUGCAUUCUCCACUAGAAGAACAAGAACAACUUUCACGAACGGUAAUAAUCAUUUUCCAUCUCUUUAAAUAUCACGCUCUUGAUUCACGCAUUGAAGUACGGAAUUGUGCCUUGAAAAGUUUACUUGUUGCUUAUGAAGAAAUUCUUCAAAAAUCUUCAAACCAUCACGCCAUUUUUAAACAUUGUGUGUCUCAAAUAAUUCUUCAUGUUUUGAAAGACUGCGUCUCAACCUAUAAACUCCUUAUGGAACAUGAACCUUUUUUUGAAAAACAAAUGCCUGCUAACGAUGGGUCUCUACAUCAUCACUCACGUGACUCACAGAUCAAAUUAUGGAAUGAAACCUUUACUAUUUUAUUUGAUGCUGUUACUCGAUUAAUUCACUAUUGUAUAAGUUGUGUAUCUUCUGAAACAUUUUUCGAUGAGUCUCACAAAUUUUUAAAGAAUACUUGUGACACUGCCAUCAAAUUUCCUAAAUAUAUUCUUUUAAAUUGUGCCGAAAAUCCUUCGACUUCACCGCAAGUUAUUGCAGCAUGUUUGUCGUUUGUUGUCGUGGUAAUUACUAAAAGCAUUGAAUGCAAUUUUUUAUCUUUUUCUUUAUUGGAGCCGUAUUGGGUUUUAUUUGAGAAAUUCAUCACAGCGUUAUGGUCUUUUUCGGUCAUACCAAACCAAAUUGUGGAUCAUUUAAUUGGAGCUGUAACCAAAUUAUGUUUAAAUGUUCUUCCUUUCUUUUUUAAAAAAAACGUAGAAAGAUGUACUCGACUUUUGGCUGCUUGUGUUUCCUCAAUUCAUUACGCCGUUCAUAUUGCACAAAUGCCUGAAUUGAAUUUUUCUAAAGAUCAUCCAUAUCGUUCAGAACAACAUGUUGAAAGCAUUUUUCCAUCCUUAAAACUAUGUGAAAAAAUUAUUCUUUCCGGUGCUUUUUUUUUUAACAAAUAUGACACGUAUUUUUUUAAACAUAUUUUAACCGUAAUGAAAUCUGAUCAAUUGUUAGAGUUUCUUCGGACUACUUUUUCUUAUCCCGACGACGUAAAAACUGGUGAUUCUUUGGACAAAUGCUUUAAAAAUUCUUGUUUUUUUAAUCAAAAUAUUUUCAAAAAUUUAGUCUUCCAAUCAAAUGAUUUCAAUCCAUCGACUUUGCCUGACCCUCCAAUACGAACAAAUUACUCAUAUUCUUCUAUUCCAGCAGAUUUUUGUACCCCAAUAAGAAAAACCGAAUUAUCUGAAAGCCCUUUUGAAGAAAAAAUUUCAAUACAAAGCAUGCAUGGUAACGAAGAAACCUUGGAAGGAAACAAUACAGAAAACGUUAUGCCACUUGAAUUUUUUUCUACCUGCACAAGUUUGAAAUUAAAACAUGAAUCUCUUGAUGAUGAGACUUAUAAUUACACUUUGGAAUAUAAAAAAUUGUGUCGAAACGAUCAAAAUAAUCCAUUUGAUGACGAUUACGUUUCACUACCCUCUUGGCUAAUUCCAGAGUUGUGCAUCUCGUUAAAGGACCAUCCAGAACUCUCUAAACAAUUUUGUCAAAUCAUUAAAAUUAAACGGCGUCUACGUGUUGCAAGAAAGAAAAUACUCACAAUCGAUUCUUAUUUCGAACUUUUAGAGGGGCAUUUUCCUUGGGAACAAUUGUUGAUUUUAUCCCCUUAUCUUUGGCUAACUGUUUUAAAAAAAUCUUUUUCUUACUUUUUUUCAUGCGAACGUCUCUUAGGAAACCCUAAUUUUCUGGUGAAAACGUUUCGAUUUAUUAAUUCUGUAACACGAAUUCAAAGACGUUGUUAUUUUCAUAUUUCUACACUGAAAACAAACUCUGAUGAUGUUUUUUUCGGUCUUGUCAUCCUUACAUAUAAGCUUUGUACUCAACUGAUUUCACUUAUUAUCUUCUUACGUGGUUUCCAUGCUCUAUCCCAUCAAAGUUAUGUUUACGAAGCUGUGAUUCAGACCUUUUUAGAUCUUAAAGUGUUUUUGGAUUACGUUUUCCAAGACACCCGAAAUUUUCCGUCAAACCUCUUAGAUCUUCUAGAGGUUUUAUCCAUUCCUUUAAUGGCUUUGUUAGACACAUGGUUAAGCUUUCAAAAAAUUAUAUCUCCUUCGUCUUCUUCACCUCAGAAUUUCUUGAAUAAUAACAUAAGUGAUCUUUUCCCAUUUUUAGCAAAAAUCUUAUUAAUAAAGCAGGGUAGACCGUGUAACGCAAUGAUACCUUCAAAACUUAAUAACCUUUUAGCUUUCUCUCUCAUUUGUUUUUUAGAGAACAUUUCCGUUAGUAAAUACUCCCCAUAUAAUCAAAACGUGCCUGUACUAGGGCUUGCUGUAUUAUUUCAUAUUGCCAAAGCGUAUGGGAACCAUGGAAUGCUACCUCUCAAUGCUUCACUUGAAAAGGAUUCUACUAAUCAACAUGUUGAUAAUUAUACACUGGUACAGCGGCAAUACUACAUUAUUAUAGUUUGUUUGAUAAAUCGUAUAAGAACACUUUUUGAUGAUUAUGUGAAGGAAGAGAACGACAGUGGUCAGUGUCCAGUGCCACGUUACCGUUUAGAACAAGUCUGUUUAGCUUUAGUAAAAAUUAGAGAACUUGAUCCACUUCUCCAUACAAUAAAUGUUUUCAAGCUUAAAGAUAAUGAAAGAACUUUAGCGCUAACACAUUUUUUUUUUGUAAAAUCUUUGGGAUCUUCUGUGCCUCAACCUUUCAAACAAACAUUUGUUUUGGAGCUUUUUCCUGACUUAAUACCAUUAAUUUCUAGUAAAGACAAAGCUGUUCGACACCACGUAAUUCAGCUUAUGCAAUGUUUAGUACCUCAUUUUUUAAAAUUCCCGACGGAUUAAGAAUUAUUGUUUCAAUCCGUUUCUUUUUACUCAAAGUUCUGGAACGAAUUAACAAUGUUAGUAAAAUUGUAAAAAUUACAACAAAAACGAAAUUUUUUUUUGAGUGUCAAUAAAAAAAAAACGAGUUAAUGUAUGUUGUUACUAAAACUCCCGUCUUUUGGAAGUCAUCUUAUAAACUUUUUUUUAUUUAAAAAAAAAAUGUCAUUUUGUACGGCCAUUAAAAAACAAAUUGAUAUUUCGAAAUAAACUCUUAAGAAAAAUAUGUUUUGAUUUAAAGAAAACUUUUUAAAACAUUAAAAACAAAAUUUCU